UCUGCAGAGCCCCCCCACCCCCAGCGAGGCCGGGCACCAAACGGGAGCAUGGGAGGGGGAUGGAAGCGGCCCGGCUGCUCGGGGGCAGCGGGGCAAAGUAUGAAACGGCCGACACCAGGAAUCAGAUAAGGAGCGCCGCCUCAGCGAGGACCCAGCAAGAAGCAGCUCCAGUGAAAAGAAUGGACAAAGAUGCAGAAGCGUUGCAGGCGGCCAGAGCAGAGCUGAGCGAGGCCCGGCGGCAGUGGCACCACAUGCAGAGCGAGAUCGAAUCCCUGCACGCUGUGGAAAAGGGUUUGGAGCGCUCGCUGCGUGCCACGGAGCAGCAGUACCACAUGCAGCUACAGAACUUAGAGGCGGAGAUUGAAUGCUUGGAGAAGGACCUGCAGGACGUGAGGAGAGGCAUCGAGAAGCAGCUGCGAGAGCACGAAAUUCUCCUGAACACGAGGAUGAAGCUGGAGGAGGAGAUUGCAACGUACCGCAGCCUGCUGGAGCAGGAAGAGAACAGGUACAGCUGCUCCAUACCCGAGCAGAAGGGCAGGAAGCCCAGCCUCACCACGACCGCCCUCACGCUGCCUGCAGAUGGAGUGAAGAAGCACGAAAGUGACAACAUGGAGUUGAUGACGAAACAAGCAGUCCUAGAAGGAAAUAUUAUGAAGCAAAGUGCUGAAGCUCAUGGCACUAUAAAGACAGAAAAAGUGGACGAAGUCAUUAAGCAGUGGGAAGGCUCUUUCUUCAAGGACAACCCGCGCUUGAGGAAGAAAUCCGUUUCGCUGCGCUUUGACCUGCACCUGGCAGCGGCCGAGGAAGGGCACAAACCCAGCCAGCAGAAAGCCCUGCCUGCCAUCGAGGUCAGGCUGGUGAUGAGGCGCUCGUGCAGCAUUCCCUCCAUCACACCCUAGCGCUGGGCACAGCAGGCCGGAGCCCCCUGCCAUCGUACGGCCCUGCACACAACGCACAGCAGCGGGGAGAAGAGAGGAGAGGCAGAUCCUGCAAAGCCUGACUGCCCCCAGCUCUCUGCUCCGGGCGCAGGCCGCAGUUCUCUCAUCGCUGUUGUUUUGUAGUACUUCUCCAAACAUUAAAAGAAUUAAACUGUAACUUUGUACCUCGGCAAGAGAACUCUGGGAAUGAGAACCACAUAUUUCAUUCUCUUCUUCAAUACUGCGUAUGCAUAUUGGCUGAUGAACCAUUCCUAUCAUAAUUGUCAUACUUGAUAGAUAUUUUAAAACACUUUCUAAUAGAAAAAAAAAAGUGACAUGCAACAACGCUCUUAAAACACACCAGGUAUUAACCAACAAUUGUCUUUCAAAAGUGAAUAGUAUUUUUAAGUAUUUUUUAGGCAGCAACUGAGCAAAAAUGUCUCUCCCCUGUGACCACGGACACAUUUCUCAGCAGUGCCAUUACAAACAAAUAGCACUGAGCUGUAUGGUUCUGCUGCUUUUGAAGCAGGGAUCCCCACUGAAAAUCAAUCACUCUCUUAGCUCUCCUUGUGCAUCUGCAAAACGACUCCCAGCCAUAUUGAGAAUCAAAUUUAAGGAGUCAAGCAUCCAUUUUUAAUACCGAUAUUUAAUUCAUUUUGUGAGUAGUUGCAACGUGAAUUUAAAUACCUUCAACAGAUCCCUCUCCUGACAAAUCCUGUAGGUAAAACUGGCCCCUGACCCAGCACACAGCAGAUCACUGAGCUGCCAGGUCACAGCCACUAUGGCUUCAGUGGGACGGACACAAUAAGGGCUGCGUGUGCUGAGUCAGAGCUGCCAGCACAUGAAGUGUCCCUGGAGGCAGCAGGCAGAGCAAUGGGCAAUACAAAGCAGAGCUGGCAGUCCUGCAUCUGCACACAGACAGAAACCAGAAAUGGAACCCCAACAUGCUUUAUGAGACCACGGGACAAACUUCAAACAAACAAAACAGAGUAAGGACAUUUGUUUACAGGGAUUUAAGGAGGUCAGAAACUCCUGCUGGGAUCACUGGAACUAUGGUGGCUCAAAACAAGAAAACACACAGACAGAAUCUGCGGGAUCCAAAGCAGCAGGAAAGAAUUGACUGCAGUGUCAGUGAGUGCCAUAUGACUCAAGGCACGUGUCACAGGACUGGCACCACAGAGUCCUCCGCCGUUCAGUUAUGCUUCUGCCUUUUAUCAACAGCAAGAACGCCAUGUUUACGUUGCCCACGGUUCUCUAUCUACUGUAUAAAGCUGGCUAAUUAUCAUUAACCUUAAAACUGAUCUGGUGGUGUUAAUACCUGAGUUGGCAUCCUGAAUGUAACAGCCUCUCCUGGCAUUUUCACUAUGCAGCUUUUUUGUGUGCUGUACUCUAUAUUUCACAAUACUUGAACUUAAACUAAGUUUUAAUUGCUUUAAGGCACUUUAAACAGGGAUACAAACUUACCAAAGCAAAUAGCAGUACAACAAUAAAAAUAAUAAAA